UCUCUGACACCACGUGGCCCAAAAUUCUUUGCUUCUAAACGUUAUUGUUUCUAAACGUUAUCGUCUUCUUCACUCUCUACCAAGCAAGCAUUUUGCAAGACGUCUAAUAACGGAGCCGAUCCGAUCUUCUCUUUGCCAUAUGCUGAAUUAUUAUUAGUUCGCAUACUCAUCAUCUCUCUGCAAUAUUGGGUGGGUCUCUGUACAUGUUUGGCGGUGUAAUUCACAUCAAUGGAUACUCUGCGUGUUGUGUACUGCUGCUGCUCUUCUACCACGGCGAUGACUCUCAAUAAAAGCCAAAGUGCUCUCGCUCUGUUCAAGCCCAGGCUUCUUUUGCCUAAUCGAAACCCAAGGUUUGUGAGUCGAUACACUGGGCACUCCUCUCCAGUCCGUUGCGGCGUUUCCACCACCGAGGCAAGAGAGGAAGAGAAGAAGGGGAAGAAGAAAAUGCGAUUAAAGUCAAUCCGGGGCAAAGUAAGGUUAAUUGUACACCUGAAUCACCAAGUCCAAUUUGGUGAGCAUGUUGUGAUUAUGGGGUCAACAAAGGAGCUAGGGCUGUGGAGAAAGCCAGUUGGAAUGAAUUGGACAGAGGAUGGAUGGGUUUGUGAAAUGGACCUAAAAGGGGGUGACUCCAUUGAGUACAAAUUUGUGAUUGUGAAUAAGGAGAAGAGUGUGUUUUGGGAAAGUGGCGAUAACCGUAUCUUGAAGCUUCCAGAAGGAGGCAGUUUUAAGAUCAUUUGCCACUGGAACUUAACUGGCAAGGCUGUGGAUCUAUUGCCUUUGGAUUUGGAACAGAGCCUGGAGGGAGGGGAAGGCAUGGGUGAUAAUGGGUCUGCACCUGUUGAUGGUGCUACUCUUGCAGAGGUUGCUGCAAGUCCUUUUGUGGAGCAGUGGCAAGGUAAGGAUGUGUCUUUUAUGCGAUCCAAUGAGCAUCACAGCAGAGAAGCAGAGAGAAGGUGGGAUACAUCAGGUCUUGAAGGGCGGGCCCUUGAGUUAGUCGAAGGGGAUCGCAAUGCCAGGAAUUGGUGGAGAAAGCUUGAAGUAGUUCGUGAACUAGUAGUUGGAAGUGUGGAGAGUCAGCAGCGUUUGGAAGCUCUCCUAUAUUCUGCUAUCUAUCUAAAGUGGAUAAAUACAGGACAAAUUCCUUGCUUUGAAGGUGGAGGUCAUCACAGACCAAACAGGCAUGCGGAGAUUUCACGGGUUAUAUUUCGUGAAUUAGAACGGAUUGCAUAUAGGAAAGACACUUCAUUUGAGGAAGUAAUUGUCACCCGCAAGAUUCAUCCAUGUUUGCCAUCUUUUAAAGCUGAAUUUACGGCAUCUGUUCCUCUGACACGAAUUCGAGAUAUUGCUCACCGUGGAGAUAUACCUCAUGAUCUCAAGCAAGAAAUCAAGCAUACAAUACAAAACAAGCUUCACAGGAAUGCUGGACCUGAAGAUUUGAUUGCUACUGAAGCAAUGCUUGCAAGAAUAACAAAUAACCCUGGAGAAUAUAGUGAAGCAUUUGUGGAACAAUUCAAAAUAUUUUAUCACGAGCUAAAAGAUUUCUUCAAUGCUGGAAGUCUUGCAGAACAACUGGAGUCAAUAAAAGAUUCUUUGGAUGAACGGAGUUUAUCAUUGCUUUCAUUGUUUUUAGAUUGCAAGAAGAGUUUGGAUCGAUUGGAAGAAACAAGUCUCAGAGAAAAUAAUGGCAAGGAUCUCUUGGUCAAAACCAUACAGUCUUUGAGUGACCUGCGAGAAGUAAUUGUGAAUGGCCUUGAAAGUGGUCUUCGGAAUGACGCCCCUGAUGCUGCAAUAGCAAUGCGCCAAAAGUGGCGGCUUACUGAGAUUGGACUUGAGGACUAUGCUUUUGUUCUUUUGAGCAGGUUUCUCAAUGCUAUUGAAGCUGUUGGAGGAGCUUGUUGGCUUGCAGAGAAUGCAGAGUCCAAGAGUGUAAGCAGUUGGAAUGAUCCACUCAGUGCUCUUACCAGUGGCAUUCAUCAGCUAGCGCUGUCAGGUUGGAGACCAGAAGAGUGCAGAGCAAUUCGAAAUGAGCUUCUUGCAUGGAAGCAAAAAGGUCUCUUGGAACGUGAAGGCAAUGAAGAUGGAAAGAUGAUUUGGGCAUUACGGCUCAAAGCAACCCUUGAUAGAUCUAGGAGGCUGACUGAAGAGUACUCUGAGGCACUUCUGCAAAUAUUCCCUCCAAAAGUUGAGGUCCUAGGUAAGGCUUUUGGAAUUCCUGAGCAUAGUGUCAGAACAUAUACUGAAGCUGAGAUCCGUGCUGGUGUUAUUUUUCAGGUCUCAAAACUUUGUAGCCUUCUCCUAAAAGCUGUUAGAACUUCAGUUGGUUCUCAAGGCUGGGAUGUUCUUGUUCCAGGAGCUGCUUCAGGAAUCCUAGUACAGGUUCAGAGCAUUGGCCCUGGGAUGCUGCCAUCAUCUGUAACAGGACCUGUUAUUCUUGUGGUUAGCAAAGCUGAUGGAGAUGAAGAGGUAACAGGUGCUGGUGGUAACAUAGCUGGAGUUGUGCUUCUGCAGGAGCUGCCUCACUUAUCUCAUCUUGGUGUUAGAGCUCGACAGGAGAAGGUUGUUUUUGUGACAUGUGAAGAUGAUGAUAAAAUUGUUGAUGUAAAGAAGCUCGAGGGAAAAUAUGUGAGAUUAGAAGCUUCCUCGACUGGAGUUAAUAUAAUUCCAUCCUUUUUGGAUAGUAGCACUGGUGAUUUUCCUGUAAAGAAUCAUUUAAGUGAAGAGAUAACCAUGACUGCAAGCCCAGGAGAAAAUAAUUCAUCUUGGUCUCCUGUCGAAACCCCUCACUCUAUUCAGAAACUUUUCAUCCAGAUCGUUCCUGCUAGAGAUGUUAUAUUGCUUGGUGAUGCAGUUGUGCAAACUUCUGGUGCAAAAGCUGCUGCUUGUGGUCAAUUAGCUUCUCUUGCAGCAGUUUCUGAUAAAGUUUGCAAUGACCAUGGAGUACCAGCUUCAUUUAAUGUCCCUGCGGGGGCGGUAAUACCUUUCGGCUCUAUGGAGUUGGCAUUGGAACAGAGCAACUCCAUGGAGCCCUUCACGUCUCUUGUGGAAAAGAUUGAAUCAGCCCAAAUGGAUGAUGGAGAACUUGACAAUCUAUGUCAUCAACUCCGGGGACUUAUUUCUUCCCUACAGCUCCCAAUAGGCAUCAUUGAAGUCUUGGGGAAAAUAUUUACUGGAAGUUCACGUCUAAUUGUCCGUUCAAGUGCUAAUGUGGAGGACUUGGCCGGUAUGUCGGCUGCUGGCCUCUAUGAAUCAAUUCCUAAUGUGGGCCUCUCAGAUCCAACGACUUUUAGAAAUGCUGUUUGUCAAGUGUGGGCUUCGCUGUACACUCGCAGAGCAGUUUUAAGCCGCAGAACUGCUGGGGUCCCUCAGAAGGAGGCUGCAAUGGCUGUGCUGGUGCAAGAGAUGCUUUCACCGGAUCUAUCCUUUGUGCUUCACACACUCAGCCCAACAGACAAUGAUCAUUGUUCAGUGGAAGCAGAGAUCGCUUCUGGACUUGGCGAAACUCUAGCUUCAGGCACGCGAGGCACGCCCUGGCGUUUAUCCUGUGGAAAGUUUAAUGGGCGGGUACGCACAUUGGCUUUUGCGAAUUUCAGCGAGGAGUUAGUGGUGCGCGGUGGGGGCCCGGCCGAUGGACAAGUUAUCCAUUUGACUGUAGACUAUAGCAAAAAACCGUUGACGGUGGACCCAAUUUUCCGGCAGCAGAUUGGGCAGCGUCUGUGCGCCGUAGGUUCCUUCCUUGAGCGCAACUUUGGCUGCCCUCAGGAUGUUGAAGGAUGCGUGGUUGGCAAAGAUGUGUACAUUGUCCAGACACGCCCCCAGCCCAGCCCCAAUAAUUAAUGAAGUUAUGGCUGGACGACCUUUACAAUAGGUAAAUAAGAAUGAUACUUGGGGACGUAUUCGUGCAUUUUCAUGCUACAUAUAUGCUCCAAUAUAUUACAAGGGGCUAACACCCGCCCUCAAAAAUGGAACUUUUGAUAUUCAUCUUUUAUUUUAAUAUUAUGUUCUUAACCUGAACCAUUUUGGUUUGCA